CACGAGCUCGCGGCGAAGGAGCGGAGUUGUAAACCGAGCGCGUGCACUUUUCAGCACCAAUACCUCGUGGAUAGCAGCCAAAGGUACAAGACAAGAGGGCAGUUGCGUCGGUUAGCUUACUUUUUUGAGGGAUAGGCCGACAACUUUGCGGUCGGUAACUUCAUACACCGCAGCUGAGCGAGAAAAUUUUAGUAGCGGCUCUGAGACGCCGAGCGGAAAUACAACGCGGCAGUGCUCUCAGCUUUGUUCGCUUCGGCGGCAAGAGCUGCGUUUGGGUUGAAAGAGAUCCGGGGAAAUACCAUCAUCUUCAUCGCGUUUGUUUGCUUUGUUUUUCUCCGUCGGGGUUUAACGAACUGCACCACGACGAGACUAAAUGGCUGGAAUCGAAGGGAAUCAAAGGUGAUAUAAGAUAUUUUCCAGCCAGCGGCGGGGCCCGUGGUCCUGUUUUAGCCACAUCACAGCGUGCUCGUGCCGCUUGCCACUGAGGAUCUCCUCCAUUGUGAGAGCUUCUCUGCGAAUCCCGCGCUACCGCCGCACACACACCUGCCGCCCCCGCCUCUGUGCUUUGUCGUUUUUUGGGGGUCCAUCCUAGAUUUUUUAAACUAAAUCCGCACCAACAAAAUGUGUUCUCGGGUUUGGUUCGUGACCGACCGGCGCAUCAGCCAGGAGUAUCCCCAGGUCCAGAUCCUCCGGGCGCUGAAGGAGCGCUGCGCGGACGAGGACGUUGAAUUCCGCUACCUCCUGAUGGAUCAGAUCGUGCUCACGAUCAGCGAGGGGCAGCUAGGCCUGCGAGUGGAGCAAGAGGUGGUGACGUCAUACCCGCAGGUGGUGUUGGUGCGGGUCCCCACGCCCUGGGUCCAGUCGGACAGUGACAUCACGGUGCUGCGUCACCUGGAGAAGAUGGGCUGUCGGUUGAUUAACCGGCCCCAGGCCAUACUCAACUGUGUCAACAAAUUCUGGACCUUCCAGGAAUUAGCCGGACACGGGGUCCCACUUCCGGACACCUUCUCUUACGGGGGGCACGACAACUUCCGUAAGAUGAUCGACGAGGCAGAGCCGCUGGGCUACCCGGUGGUGGUGAAGAACGCACGCGGUCACAGAGGCAAGGCUGUGUUCCUGGCACGAGACAAACACCACCUGACAGAUCUGUGUCACUUGAUCCGCCACGACACCCCCUACCUCUUUCAGGAGUAUGUCAAGGAGUCUCACGGCCGCGACGUGCGGGUUGUUCUGGUGGGCGGCCGCGUCAUCGGCUCCAUGCUACGCUGCUCCACCGACGGCCGCAUGCAGAGCAACUGCUCCCUGGGUGGCGUGGGUAUGAUGUGCCCCCUCAGUGAACAGGGCAAGCAGCUGGCCAUCGAGGUGUCCAACAUCCUCGGCAUGGACGUGUGUGGCGUUGACCUCCUGCAGCUCAACGACGGCUCUUUUGUGGUUUGCGAGGCCAACGCCAACGUGGGCUUCAUCGCCUUCGACCAGGCGUGCGGCAUGGAUGUAGCGGGGACCGUGGCCGACUUCGCCCUGUCGAUGCUCCCCAGCCGUCUCACCCGUAAGAUGUCCCUCCUCUCCGUCGUGUCCAGCACCAGCGAAACCUGCAGCGAGCCUGAGGUGUGCAUCGUGCCCGCCGGCGGCGGCUCGUUGCCUGAAGCCGUCUGCAACAUGAGCGUGGGUUCUACCUCCAGCGAGAGCGACCCCGAGCUGGCGGAGCCCUCGCAGUCGUCACCCCGCCGCUGUACCCCCCCUGACCUCCCCGACCUCCCAGAUGCGGCCUACAACUUCAACACCCUCCUGGCCAAUGAGAUCAAACUAUUGACUGAGUGAGGGCCAUGCAAAUGUAAUGCACACAUGAAAACCACACACACGCACACACACACCUGUAGAAACAUUCCCCACACAUCAGGCUGAAACAAAAGUUAAACGUGCGAAACACGAGCUAAGAGAAACAGAACACGUCCUAAAGCAACUGCUUAAACAAACAUCUAAACACGAGCCUUCUCCUGUAGAGGAAACGAUCUGAGGCUGCUCCCCUGACUUUUUAUUUUUAUUUUUUAAGAUCCAAGGUGUGCUAUGAGCUUUGCUCAACGGGUGUACGUGUGUUUAAACCCACGAGUUUAAUGAAAAGGCGUCACACCGGAAACAUAAAUGAAGUGUUUUAGGGUUGGAUCUCAGGCUAGGCAUCAUAAACUCAGCAGCGUAGUCCUCCUGACACAGACUCAGAACAAGACGGGGACCAACUGGACGUGUGCAGCAGGUUUUGUCGUCCUAUGUAUUAAAUUCUUCUGUCAGUGUUCGAUUACCGGCAGCAUUAGUCGUCUGCUUUUAAAAUCCACUCUUUGCCUAGCACUUUAAUCCAAACAAAUGCGUUUUUGUCUCUCAGAACACGUUUAGGAAAGAUGAGACCGUUUGCAAGUUGUGUCAUCACCUAAAGGAAAUAUACCUCAAUGCAGAGAAGUCUCACUGCCAUAGGACGUUACAGACAUACCACACAUAUCAACACAAACCUUUGUGGGUUUUUAUCCAACGCCUCAGAUAACCCGCGUUCCUUCCUUUAAAGAAUGGGACCUGAAAUAUAGUUGUUUUUCUUCUUCUUCUUUUGUAAAUAUAGGUAGCAAAAUUAGCUUCACGGCAUUCUGGCGUCCAACCGAUUAAACUGGAAAAGCAGAGUUAACUGCCAGUCAGCGCUUCAGACGCCGUUUUUGGAAUAGAUUGUACAAAUAAAACAAGGUUUAAAUGUAAAUUUGGUGCUAACAGGUUUCGAUUGGGACACAGGCGACCUAUAAUCAUUUGUGGAUGUCCGUUGCUUUUAUACUUUAUUUUUUCUUGAUGAAAAUCUAAUUUCCUACUAAAUAUGCUGACAUGUUGUAUAAAAUAUGAAAACUAUAUUUUUAGGUUUUUUACAUAGGUUUUUUUUUCAUUCAGGGCUUUUAGCAGCCAAACUUUAUUGUUUACAGGUUUGUUUGUUUUUAUUUGAGAUUAAUUUUUGUACACCGCAUCAACAACAAAAGUCAAAACCAUAGGAUAGGCUUCAGUAUUGUCCGUUCUCUUUGAAAUAACUUCCAACUUUGAUCAAAAAGCACAAGUAAAACCUUAAGUCGUCCACAUCUUUAGGCUCAUAGCCCUUUCUGUUGAACACGACUCAGGGAAGCAGCCUGGAUCUCAGCCCAUCCAUCCGAGCUAGAGACACGUCCUAAACGUCACACACCAAAACAAGACUGAAAAAAGGGUGUAAACUACCGUAUAAGCCUAUACAAUAGUUAACAUGCACUUUUUUCCUUGCUUGUUUCAUAAUGUUCCUUGUUUUUAUAAUUUAUGGGAUUUCUGAAGAAGAAAAAAAGACAAUAAAUCUGGUUUUUGUGCACUAAUAUUGUCUCAAUAAAGUGAAACCUCUGUGAAGCUUGAUUUUUAUCCUCCUUUGCUGUGGGCCAAAUUUCCUGUCUGGGAUGGGAGCCGGUCCCCCACUGGAGGGUCCUAAUCCUACGUUCACCAGAAAACACAACGAGGGGGGGCGGCUUUUUAUUUAAAGGUUUGGCGAUCGAGCGAUCACAGCGGCUCCACGCCGUUUACUAUUGUGACGUCGUCUGGUGUCGAUUUUAUCAAAAAUAUCUGGCAAAACUGUGAAAUCUCUGAAUGUCCAAAUCCUGCCAGGCGAGGAUGCUGAUGUCAUCUCACAAGGCGUACAUGAGCGUAGCCAUGACAUAUCCCUUUGAUUUAAUAGAGACCCAUCAGAAGGAAUUAACACUCGUUUGUCUCCUAGACCUCCUAUUUUUGUCUGUUUUAAAUUAUUAUUAUUAUUAUUUGGGAAGCGUUGAUCAAAGGUCAGAGGUCCUACUCAGUUCUCCUUGGUCACCCGCCAUGAUGAAGUGGAGAUCCAGGGAAACCAGGUGUAAUCAGAAGAAGAGUCAGCCUGAAGCACACCAGUAGAUAAACCCCUGGACGAGAUACUGUUAACAACCACAGCACUAAUGGUUACCGUCAAACUCCCGAAAAAGUGCUGCUAGUAAACGCUGAGUCAUGAAAAUGAAACUAAAAAGGGAACGGGAGCUCCUCCACUUGUCUCUGUGGUUUUGCUGCAUCACAAUGCAAAAAAAUAAACAAAUCAAAUGAAAACAGAAGCCAAAAAAAUACACUUUGUUGUAUAAUUCAGUACAAUUAACACUAGUAGUGUAAUAAAAUAAUGACUGUUGUGAGAAAAUUAAUCAUGUUUCAGAAUUGUAUAUAAAGAUUUCAAUUGAGAGGUUUGUUUUAUGCUUUUGUUUAGCGGGAGGAAGGAGUUUUUGCUUCUGCAGCUCUGCUGCUGAUGUGUGAGCGCUAGGAAACGUGUCUGCCUGGACUGUUGGAUGCAAACGAAGCAGAAAUGUGGCUUCAAAAAGGUUUCUGCAGAUGCCUUUGACUAUUUUCUGUUCUCUCUUUACGACACAGUUCUGAAAAUGUUUUGGAGAAGCGGAUCCCUAAACUGUUAACCACGGAAUGAUGUACAUAUAUAUCCCUCUUUUUUUUUAGAUUAAAAUAAAGUCAUUAUUCAAACUGA